CGUCACCUUCACCUUCAUAGUCUGUCUCUAUUUUUGUUAUACUUGAGUUUCACUUUCUACUCACUCUAUUCACAUCAAGUCUGUCUCUCUAUAUUUUCUACUCGAGUUUCACUUACAACCUAUUCUAUCUCGAUCUUCAUCUACCUUCAAAUUCUCUAUCUAACUAUUUCAGCGAUGAAUAAAUAUGAGUCUCGCAGUCGAUACCUUGUGGGCAUCAUCUCAGAUGAACUCGAGGGCAACACCAAGUUGCCUCGCUCGAGUUGGAACAAGAUAACCAAGCAGUUUAACAGCAAGUACCCUGGCGGGUUCUCCGUUUCGUUGUUGAGACACCAUUUUGAUCGUCUUGAAUUGCAUUGCGACAUUCUUCGGAGCUUUGAAAGUCAUCCUGAGUUCAACUUGAUUGAAGAGAUAGGCUGGGUAACCGCAUCCGAGGAAGCAUGGAAAAAACAUCUCCAGCUUCAUCCUGAGGCACAGCUUGUACGAGGUCGUGAAUUUCCUUUAUUCAACACCAUGAAAGAACUCAACGUUACACAACCGGGUCGUAAAGCAGCAGCAUUUAAUCGUGAACUUGUUAAACCAAACUGCGAUGUUAAAGAAGCCCUUGAAGACUACACAACUCUGCAGAGCCAUGAAGAGAUGCUGAGUGGGGUUUUAGAUCUAGAUAAUCCACUUGUCACCCCCAGCAUUGUAUACGAGCUCAUCGUCAACAAGUUCAGGUAUUGGUACUAGAUCAUCCACCACUAGAUCUAGUACCAAGAGAUCGAAACAACAAUCCAAGCCAGUAGUGAAGAAGGCGAAAAUUACGCACAAAAUCUCCUUCUCCUUCUCUGAGAUAGCAUUGAAACUAAUCGAACGAGAAGGAGAAACCAGAAUUCCAUCUCGGGUAAUUUGUCUUAGGGCCCCUCGUGUGAUGCGAUCUGAGAAAGCGAGCCUUCUAUUCUUACACCUUGCUGAUGAUAUAAGAUGGGCCUGGCUUGCUGAUGAGGCUGAGAAGGAGCAGUACGAUGCUCGAUCAAGCCAAGUUUUGGCUGGUGACAACGAUUUUUUCCACUCUUAUUUGACCAGUAUGAUGCUUGAGUAGCCCAACACUUCGCGUGUGAUCCUUUCAUCUGAAUUUUAGAUCAUUAAUCUAUUAUCUUUCAUUCCUUGGAUUCUCUUUCACUCGUUUACGUUGGAUUCUCGGAACAGAAAUGAUUACCUUUCUUCUCAAUCAAACUUUUUUUAAUACGUCUUUCACUAUCACUAUUUUCGAUUUUACUUUGUGUAGCAGGUAAUCUUAAUCCUAUUAUGUUUCAUUCCUUGGAUUCUCUUUCACUCGUUUACGUUGGAUUCUCGGAACAAGAAAUAUUACCUUUCUUCUCAAUCAAACUUUUUUAAUCCGUCUUUUGCUAUUUUCUAUUUUACUUUUUGUCAACCUGGUAAUCUUAAUCCAUAUUUUGUAAUUUUAAUGUUUGAUGUAUGUUCAACACCUUAUACGUAAUUCAUUUAAAAUCCAAAUUGUUGUCGAACAAACUAGAGUUUACAAAUCUAAACAUCAAUCUAAAUCUCAAACAAAAAAAGGUCCAAAAAAACCGUUGGCAAUGUACAAAGCAUAAGCAUGAUGAUUGAGAAAGUAAAACAAAAUGACAAAGUAGGAAUGAAAAUAAAUUUUAAGAAAAGAAACAAAAUAUUAAAAGAAAAACUUGACAAAAAGAAGUCACCAGCUUAGGCCUUUAUUGGAAGGACACCGGUAUGAUAAUUGAAGGGUACUGCAUAAUCUCGGACGGCCUCACGUUUCUUAGAACCAAGUUGACCCGGUCUAAGCAAACUCCUUGUUGUAAUUCUAGGGAUUACAAAAUUAUCCUCAAUAUCAUCCUGAAUGAACUCCCAUGCAUUACCAAGACCGGCGAGCAUGUUAUGUAGUAUCACACACGCUAGGAUCCAAUCAAGAUAAUAGCGCAUAUGACUUGCUUCAUACAGGAUUAAUCAAAGGCACUGCAGCGACAUCCAGCGUGUCUUGAGGACCCCAAUGGAGUGUUCAUUGACAACUCGCACUUUGGCAACGCAAUAGUUAAAAUCUCGAUUUUCGGGUUGCAAUGCCGCUUGGCCCUUGAAGCUGGGAACUACGGUCUCCUCACACAUGUACGCAG